UAUACAAAUAAAUGCAUUACAGAAUUGGUAGAUAAAUGCAUCGGUUCCCGCAUUCACAUCAUCAUGAAGAAUGACAAGGAAAUGGUGGGCACAUUACUGGGAUUUGAUGAUUUUGUUAACAUGCUGCUGGAGGAUGUUACCGAAUACGAAAAUACACCAGAAGGCCGGCGGGUCACAAAACUCGAUCAGAUCUUGCUCAAUGGAAACAAUAUUACGAUGCUUGUGCCGGGUGGUGAUAUACCAGAUAAUUAGAAAAUAAAUGUUUAUUCUAAGUGGAGGAAAACGUUAAUUAAAAUAUAUACUUUCAAAGUA